AUGAACAUUGAUAUUGAUGAUAUUUUAGCUGAUUUAGAUAGAGAUACAACAGCAGUUGAUCAUACACAAGAUAAUUUUACUAGUGAUGGGAAUACGACACGAUUAAAUACUUCAUUGGAUUAUUCUAUAUCUGGGGAAUUAAAUGGCAAGAUAGGUAGGUCAUCAGAGAUAAUUAGCCCAGCUGAAGAUUUUGCUCAACUCAUGAGAUGUUGGAGGAAUGAAAGAUGUUCACCAGAAUUAAUGCCAUAUCCACAUUAUUUAAUGACAAGAAUCUUAAGAAGAAUACAAGAACAGAUGGAGCAUAUAGAAAACAUAUCGAUGGGGUUUUUAGAAGAAUCGAUGAAUCAAAUCAGUCAUGGUUCUGGAAAUGUUACUGGUGACGGAGAUGAUGAAGAUGAUGAGUUUGGAAUGGGCCGUGGUAACAAUGUUAUUAAUAAUAAUAAUAAAUUACCAUUAUUAUGUAUGGAAGCAGAACUUGAAAGAGUUAAAUUUGUUAUAAGAAGUUUCAUACGAUGUCGAUUAAAUAAGAUUGAUAAGUAUUCAUUGUAUUUGAAACAAAUUGAAGAUGAUUCAAUGAAUUUUCUACCGAUUAAUGAGUUAUUAUCUAAGGAAGAAAUGGUAUACCACGAGAAACAUUUGAGUAUUUUGUUAAAGUUAUUUAAUAAUUCAAUAUUAAGACAUAUGCCACCAGAAUUGCAAGCAAUUAAUGAUACAGAGGGUACACUUAAUAUGAUUGAAGAACCAGAUUGGAAGAAAUUUGUCUUUAUAUAUAUAAAAGAAGUUAAAGACGACUCGACCUUAGAUCGUAAUGAAUUUGGAAAGCCGUGUUAUACAGUUACCAUAGAGGAACUUAAUGAAAUUGUCGAAUUGACAAUUGGUGGUAUAUAUGUGAUGAGAUAUGAAAUUAUAAGACAGUUAGUGUUAGAUCAGAAAGCCUAUUUGAUCUAA